AUGUCUUAUUCAACUUACUUUACGGAGGUCGAGACUAUUGCAUUACCCCAGAUUAAAGAAUCUGUUAAUAACAACCGUAUGACGCCGCGUGAGUUGUUUACAAGGAGCCACAAGGAAUUGGUGAAGGAGGGAGAAAGAUGGAUGAAAGAAACUGCAACUUCUUGUACAGUUGUAGGUGCUCUCAUUAUUACCAUCAUGUUUGCUGCAGCAUUCACAGUUCCUGGUGGAAACAACGGAGAAACAGGCUUCCCAAUAUUCUUGCAUAAAAAUUUAUUUAUGGCUUUUAUAGUUUCAGAUGCUAUAUCGCUCUUUUCAUCUACAACUUCGGUGUUGAUGUUUUUAGGAAUCCUUACAUCACGUUAUGCGGAACAUGAUUUCCUCAAAUCCUUGCCAACAAAGAUGAUAAUAGGCCUUUCCACCUUAUUCAUCUCUAUUGCCACCAUGAUGGUUGCCUUUUCUUCUGCCCUUCUCAUUAUGAUCCGUUAUGCGGAACAUGAUUUCCUCAAAUCCUUGCCAACAAAGAUGAUAAUAGGCCUUUCCACCUUAUUCAUCUCUAUUGCCACCAUGAUGGUUGCCUUUUCUUCUGCCCUUCUCAUUAUGAUCCAUGAACAAUCGUGGAUUGUUAUUCCAAUGAUUUUCGUUGCUAGUGUUCCAGUCACCUUAUUUAUUUGGAUGCAAUUUCCUCUUCUAGUUGAGAUGUACAUUUCUACUUAUGGACGAGGAAUAUUUGACAGGAAAGUGAAAUCAAGGGCAUAA